GGAGGGGAGGAGCCAGGCAUUCCUUUCAGAUCUUCUGCUCAGGGCUUAAAGACACUGUCUUGUCACCUACCACUCCCAGGCCUGGGAGCUUAGCUCUCCAUUGCCACCAUGGCCAACAUCAACGAGCUGCCCGAGAACAUUCUGCUAGAACUGUUCACCCACGUCCCUGCCCGACAGCUGCUGCGUAACUGCCGCCUCGUCUGCAGCCUCUGGCGAGACCUCAUUGACGUGGUGACUUUGUGGAAGCGCAAGAGCCUUCAGGAGGGCUUCAUCACCAAAGACUGGGACGAGCCCGUGGAAGAUUGGAAGAUCUUCUAUUUCCUGUGCAGUCUUCAGAGGAACCUCCUCCGGAACCCAUGUGCCGAAGAGAACAUGAAUUCUUGGCGGAUAGACUCCAACCUGGGGGAUGAGUGGAAGGUGGAGAGCCUCCCUGGGGACCUAGGCACAAGCUUUCCUGACCCCAGGGUCAAGAAGUAUUUUGUCACCUCUUAUGGCAUGUGCCUCAAGUCCCAGGUGGUGGACCUCAAAGCCGAGGGCUACUGGGAGGAGCUGCUGGACACCUUUCGGCCUGACAUCGUGGUUAAGGACUGGUUUGCCGCCAGAGCCGACUGUGGCUGCAUCUAUCACCUCCGCGUACAGCUAGCCUCUGCUGACUAUAUCGUCCUAGCCUCCUUUGAGCCCCCACCUGUGAUCAUUGAACAGUGGAGUGAUGCCUCGUGGAAGGAGGUCUCCUACACCUUUUCCGAUUACCCUCCAGGCGUCCGCCACAUCCUUUUUCAACAUGGGGGCAAGGACACCCAGUUCUGGAAAGGGUGGUACGGGCCCCGUGUCACCAACAGCAGCAUCGUUAUCAGCCACAGGACAGCCAAGAACCCUGCCCCUGCCAGAACUCCACCGGAAAAUGCUGUAGUGAUGGGAGGAAGACACCCAGCUUUAGUUUCAGACUCCUUGAUGUUAGACUUCUUCUAACAGCCACCUGUCGCCUCUACUGGGGUCUGCCAAAGGGUCCUUCCUGGCAAGAGCGAUGCCCUCAGUGGGCAGUCAGGUUCUCAGUACCAUGAGCAACCGCCCUCUACAACCUCAAGCAAGGCCAUGUAAAA